UCAGCGCGCGCGCUUCAGUCAUGCAGUGGGCGGUGCGCGCGUGUGAGAAACCCCCCUGCGCGAUCAAUCCCGCUCGUCAGAGUGCUCGCAACGACCGCCCGGGACAAACGCAUCAUCAGCCACGCGUCCCAGUUCCUCACACAGCGGUUUAAUGCGCGAUCUCCGCCCGUGCGCGGGUUCCGUGGCCAUGCCGGAGUCCGGCGUGAAGGUUCUGAAGGAGGGCGUGCUGGAGAAGCGCAGCGACGGGCUGCUGCAGCUGUGGAAGAAGAAGCAUUGCGUGCUCACCGACGACGGACUGAUCCUUCACCCACCCAAACAGCACCACGACCACCAGCAUCAGCACCACCACCACGACACGGGCUGCAAGGCGAAGGAGCUCCACUUCGCCAACAUGAAGACCGUGGAUUGCGUGGAGAGGAAGGGCAAGUACGUGUACUUCACGGUGGUCAUGUCGGAGGGCAGGGAGAUCGAUUUCAGGUGUCCGCAGGACGAGGGCUGGAACGCCGAGAUCACUUUACAGAUGGUCCAGUAUAAGAACCGGCAGGCGAUCCUGGCCGUCAAAUCCAGCCGCCAGAAGCAGCAGCUGCUGGUGGUCUCUGCGCAAAAGAUGAUUCGAAACGCGCAGUAGGGCAGCAGGGAGCGGGUGAGCCUGGCCGGAGGGGGGUCGAAUUAAGGGAUUUCCCUUGCGUGAAACAAGAUGCGCAGAGCUGUGAUACCCGAUGGGCUUGUGGAUACGAGUGUCACCUUGUGCGCAUUCCCGCGCGCGGAGCGCGGACGGAUGCAUGGUCUUGCGUUUAAAGACAUCAUUGCCGUAAAGCCACCAUGCCAGCGUGGAAUGUCCCAUUAAAGAUUGUACGUGGGACACCGGGGCAAGUUGUCACAGGUUGUGUAUUGCAUACAUUUAGAUUUUACGCAUGCGCGUAAUAAGGUCAACAAAUAUUAUGUUCGACUGCAUUAGUUUUGCUUAAGACCAUUUUACACAUUUUAAUUCACUCCGAAGUGUCCAUAAACAACAGGUUUCCACUGUGACGACUUGCCCCACACAUUGUCACAAAAUGCUUUAGGGCAUAUUGUGUGUGUGUGUGUGUGAUAAAAUCCUUUACAGCAUCUAUCUGUACAUAUCUUCACUUUUUAGACCUUUCCAAGGAAACGUUCUCUCUAGAGUUUUAAUGUGAAAAUGCCUUACAUCUUCUCUGCAUCAUCGUUUGUCUGGCUGUGAGAGAGAGGCCACAUUCAUUUUCCAUUUCAGUGCACUUGCAUUUGUCAAUUCUGUGCGACUCCAGACACAUAAUCAAUAUCUGCAAGACCUGAAGGCAGAUCAGUUACGCUCCAGAACGAAUGUGUGCGGAGAUUUAAAGAGACCACCGGAGCAGGACCCCUGAAUGCUGUGUGUCAGGGAUUGUGUCUGCAGGUUAAAUGGACUCGUUUGCUGGAUGAUCGGAUCUUCGACCAUUUACCUUCAGAACUGCCCUGAACUGCCCACAUCCAUAUGUCCAAAAUGGCCAACGGAUUCAAAUGUGCUUUACAUACAUUUUCCUCUCUAUAUUGGUUUUAUAUUUAUUUGUACAUAUGUUAAACAGGUCGCGUACAUUUCAGUGAACUCUUUUCUUUUAGUUCUAUGAAAAUGCUUUUGAGAUCUUUUUUCUUUUAUUACUUGUCUAAGAUUUGCUUUUGACCAACAGUGGUUUUAAAGGUUUUUCUUUCAUUGGAAAUGAUUAAUUGUUUGUUUAAAUGUAUUUCUUUUUACAUUCAGAGAAUGUAUUUUAUCGUUUGUCAAAUUUUUGGAUGUUUCGUUGACUUACUGCUCAACACAUUUAUUAUGACAUCUGCACUGUACGUAUGAUGAUCAAUGUGUUUUGAUCAAUAUUACACAACACAAAUGUUGUUUAUUCGUCAGAAAUGUCACAGUGAUCUGUAAUGCGGACCUUAUAGAAUCCUGAGUGAGCUGUUGUUGUUUAUUAUUUGUGUGAAAAUGACUCUUUGAGGAAAUUAAAUCAUGUGUGAAGCUGAUGUGAAUGACACUUUAAUACAUUUGAAAUAUACAUUCCAUUGAAACUGAA